UUAAAGGUCACAGCAGGCACAGACUAUAAUCCAGAAACACAUCAAAGUGUCCCAGUCAAUGCCAACCAGACUAUCCGAAUCGAAAACGAACAUGCAACAGUGAGUCUUUGUGUUCGAAUCCAGAAUUAUACAGGCUACCCUGACAACUCCCCACCCACACACCCCUACUUCUCUCACCCCCUCCACGAACAAGAUCAAUACUCCAUCGCCUUCUCCAUCAUCUUCAAACACCCCGUCAACGGCAACGACCUCCUCUUCGGAAACGACUUUGACCGUCCCCUCCGCAACCGUCUUCCCCCAGGCUUCAACACCGCCCUACGGUUCGUGAAAUGGGCCAUCGACCCCGCCAUCGACGGCGACGCCUACGCUGAUAAACCCUACCUUUUCAGCCCGGCGCUGGCGACCGUCAACCAGUUCCGGGUUGGCGAGAGGAUGCAAAAGGCGGAUCAGGUCCCCACGUUGCAUGAUGCGGUUAUCGAGGAAGGAGGGGAUGGGUCUGGGGUUGGUGUGAGGGAGGCCGGUGGGGUCCCUGAUAGUGUUGAUGCGAGGAGGAAGUAUUUUCUCGAUGACGAGGCUAGAAAGGGAUUUGAGUUUGAGGCCGGGAGGGUUUAUUCGGCGGAUUUCGGGAAUCCGUAUUUGGAUUUUAAUGAUUUCUCUAUUCGGCUUCCUGGUAUCACUAGUAUUCAUGUUAUCCGAUAUAUUGAUGUGAAGGAUCACCACCAUCUGAGAUAUGUGCUGAAAGACAGGAAUACGAAUCAGGUGUAUCUUGUUGUGCUUUUUACGCUGGUCCGGCUGGGUACGGAGGAUGAACCGGUACACAAAGAGCGCAUUGCAAAUGAUAUCCAUCAGAUUCAAGAGCGAAAUGACCAAAACGAAGGGAAACUCGGUACUUUGGAAUGGGAUCCUGAACAAUCGGCCAGUGAUGUUGAUUGA